AUGAGUUCUGGACGAAGACGCGACCUUUUAUCGAACUUCAUGCCGAGUAGAAAACACAAGGAGUCCAUAGAGGACCUGGAGAAGUUGACAGCUGAACUCAUCGACAAGGUGGAAUUAUACCGAGUUACAGCAUCGACCUUGGGUCCGACAACAAGUCGAGUCACCGAGAGUGUCACGGACCUAAUUUCCAGACAUAUUCUAGGGAGAAAGCCGAACGACGACACUGAAGUGAACCAGAUGUCUCUACCCGAACAAAGGGAGGCUCACAGCCGUCUUACAAAUCAAAAACGUAUUCAUCGACCCGAAGUUGCAAGAAGUGCGGCGGCAUAUGUUUAUAACAAAUGGCGGCAGAUUACAGAUAGCGAUUCUUGCAAUCCCGAUUCAGUCGACCAAAGCCUGAAAGCUUUGACAUCAAAUCCUGAGAUAGAAGAGCACGAAGCUUAUGCUGCCAACUGGCGUUUUGACGUCAAAUUCCAUCCUAACGCUAAUAUGACCAAUAGACCAUUAGCCAGGAGUUCGGAAAACUCCAUGAUGGUAUCAAUGAAUAGCAGUCCGCAAGCGGCUUGA